AUGUCAAAGGUGCCAGAGAAAAGGUUAAAUUCGUACCACCUGCCAAAUUAUUCCGAAAUUGGACAACUCGUUGAAGAGUAUUUCAAUAACAUACACCCUUUACGCUGCUUUGCAUUUAUCCACAGACCCUCUUUCCUGCAGAGAUUGGAUAAAGAAGCAUCCAGGAGGAGCCAAAAUUAUGCUCUGCUCUAUAUAAUAUGUGCACUGGGUGCCCAAUAUUACGCCUUGGCCUAUUCCGAGAAUGUAUUCCCCCUUUCGCCGAAAUUCGUGCUUCAUGUGGGCGGCCAGUGGGCAAAGCAAGCGCAAAGACUGAUUCUUGAAACUCUUGAGGUUGUCACAAUUGAUAAUUUGAUGGCAGCGGUCCUUCUCCACGACUAUGAUAUUCGAAUGGGAAACUUCUCAAAUGCUUUCAUGCUUAGCGGUCUUAUAACACGAAUGACACAGGCUCUACAAAUCAACCUCGAGUACAACACAGAUCUACUUUGUCAUAAUAAUGACUCUGGGCUUACCGCGACCGAGAAAGAAUCUCGUCGGCGCCUAAUGUGGAGCUGUUAUGUGAUGGAUUCCCUCGUCGGUAGCGGAGUGGAUCAGUUAACCUUGGUUGAUGAGAAGGACAUGAAAAUCCAAUUGCCAUGUAACGAAAGAAAUUUUGUCCAACAGAUCCCCUGCUUGACAGAAACACUGGAAGCUGGAAACUGGUUGAAGUUCAUUGGUGAAGAUGUGGAUACCAGGACACUGCUCCCAAAUAUGGGCAUGAUGGCGUAUUUCGUUCGCCAUAUUUCAGUUCGCAAGAAAGUCUUAAGGUAUAUCAAGCAUUUAGACGACGCAAUGGUACCUUGGGAUCCAGACUCCGAGUUUGCAUCACUGGAUGCGGAGUGUCGCGCGUGGUAUGAAUCCUUACCUCCGAGUCUCCAAUUCACGCCAAAUGCCAUCUAUAUUCGCAAGGACUCCUCACAGCUGGGUGCACUAUGUGUGUUGCACUGCGCACAUUAUCAGACAAUCUGUGAUUUGUAUCGACUAGGUGCACCUGCGCUCUACAAACUCCGAGCCGCCUUUGAUUUCCCAGUCGAUCAGCAGAAGUUCCUUAAGCACCUACAGCAGGUUCUAUUUGAUGCCGCGAGGUCAUUGGCAGCCAUAAUAGGAGAGACAGCCCGCCAUGGAUGCCGAAUGCUAGCCGAUUCGUGGCUUCCAACAAUCACCUAUGACAGCUGUCGUAUUAUGGUUUACCACCUGACACAAAUUCUCGAUCCGCGAGAUGCAAACACAAAACUCCUGAUGACAGAGACACUACCCCUCAUACGCAGCAAUGUCCAGUCUUUACGAGCAAUGGGAUCUAUCAACGCAAUUGCGAUAUCACUAAGUUCUGCCGCCGAAACAAUGCUUGAGAGGUCCGGAAUUGGCUCGGAAGUCAUAUCCCAGAAUAUCAUCCCCGAUGAUCCAUAUCAGUCUUUCGGAGACUCCGAGCAGACAAGUGAAAGUUUACCCGGUACGCCAGUACAAAGUGCCCCGGAUUACGUUCUUAAUCCGUUGUCAAUAUUCCGAAUGGCACGCAAGUCAAUACCAGAAAGACAUGCACCGGAAAAGGCUACAACAUCGUCUGCCCCAAAUAGUGCGCGUCCAGACUCUGUUGCAGAUUUGGAUCAACCUCUCGGGAAGAAUGUAGAACGUGGAACAACCUACUCGGAGGAGGACAGUGGGACCGACCAGGGUAAUCUCGAAGAACUUCAAACAUUGUUCAUGUCUGACCUGGGGUGGGCUUGGCAACCAGCGGAUACGGCUGUGGGCUCAGGAAUUGAUGCAGCUGGAUUACUACCAUGGGCAGGAGGGUUUCCCACUACGCAGGCGGAGCCAUGGCUACCAGUGUUCCCAUUCUCUCAGCAAGACUAA